AAAAUUUUCAAUGCAGGUUCGGAUGCUUCACUCUUUAGAUCAUCCAAAUGUGCUGAAAUUUUAUUCUUGGUAUGAAACCUCUGCGCACUUGUGGUUGGUGUUGGAGUAUUGUGUGGGUGGAGAUCUUAUGACUUUAUUGAAGCAGGACAACCAGCUUCCUGAAGAUUCUAUACAUGAUCUUGCCCGAGACCUUGUUAGAGCUCUACAAUUUCUGCACUCUAAAGGAGUCAUAUAUUGUGACCUAAAGCCAUCAAACAUCUUACUGGACGAGAAUGGAUGCAUGAAGCUUUGUGAUUUUGGAUUGGCAAUAAGAUUGAGUGAAAUAGAGAAAAGUUCCCUCAACAAGAUGCUGCAGGCAAAGAGAGGUACACCCUGCUAUAUGGCUCCCGAGCUAUUUCAGGAAGGAGGAGUCCAUUCCUAUGCCUCUGAUUUCUGGGCGCUUGGCUGUGUUUUGUAUGAAUGCUAUGUGGGAAGGCCUCCAUUUGUUGGAAAUGAGUUUACUGAGUUGGUAAAUUCCAUUCUUUCAGAUCCCAUACCACCUCUCCCUGGUAAUCCAACCAAGUCGCUUGUGAAUUUGAUUGACUCCCUCCUAGUGAAGGAUCCAGCAGAAAGAAUACAAUGGUCUGAACUUUGUCAGCACAGUUUUUGGAGGACAACAUUCACUCUGGUGCCUCUACCCCCUCAGCUUGCUUUCAAUAAUAUGCUUCAGCUUUUUGCUAAACCAUGUCUCUCAGAGAGAAAUGGUGAUAGACCUUCCCAACAAAGAACCCCUCCUAAGCGUCGUGAAAAUCAUGGAACUGGAGUUCUUAAGCAGAAUGAGAACUUUUCUUCAGGGAAUAAAGUCUUGGAAACACCUUCUAAGAAUGCACAGAGCGCUAGAAAGGCUCAACCAAAAUCUUCUGGGAGGGUUGAGAAUAAGCAUAAAGAGACCUUCAAUGCUGGAAAGGCUGUGAAUCUUCUUAGACUGUCAAGGGUUGCGAAAAUGAAUCUGCAGAGAGAAAAUGAGAAGGAAAAUUAUAGGCGGCCCUUGCCCAAAACUUCUGAGAAUGAUACUGAAGUGAAAAUUGAGAACCAUGAUAUGGAACUUGAUUUCAGUGAAAAUCCUGAGGAUGAUGCACCUGAUGAAUCUGAUUCUGAAAACCCUGCUUGUACUCCAGGAGAAAAAAUGCCGGUCCAAAAUGCUAAUGAGGUUAUUGAAGAGAUAGAGCAUAAUGAAAACCAAUCUGAGGUGUCUUCUGAAAAUACUACCAUCGUGUCUGAUGACAUUAAGAAACUCGAACAGGACCUAUGUUUACAGCUCAAUGAAGUGGCGGCAACCCCACCUAGUAUCAAUCAUCACAGAAAGGGUCAGCGCAUAAAAGGUACUCCUGGAACUGUUCCUGACUCCGAGUCGUCUAGGUCAUCCAAUAACCUUUCGGAAGUGUUUUGGCAUCCAACUGAUCUCUCAGUGAAGCCGGUAAUGCCCAGUCGAAAGGGUGAUAAAGUUUCAGAUGCUGUUCCAUUGCUUCCAUAUGCUGUGCCUAUACUUGAUUAUGCUAAGUUACCACCUGAGCAGUUGAUUACAAUUAACAAUCGCAUAAUUGACAGUUUGAGUAGGAGUUCACAAGAUUCUGAGAAACAUAAUGCUAUAAGAUACCUAGAGAUGUUAAGUGGAAAUGCAGAUGCUGCAAAUGUCAUAACCAAUGGGCCAGUGAUGUUGUUGCUUGUAAAAAUGCUGAAGCUUUCUAAGGUACCUGCAUUACGUGUUCAGGUUGCUUCAGUACUGGGCUUGCUGAUUCGCCAUUCCACUUAUAUUAAAGCUGAUUUGGCAAAUUCCAGUAUUAUUAAUUAUUUGACAGUUGGCUUAAGGGACAAACAGGAAAAAGUAAGGAGGUUCUGUAUGGCUGCUUUGGGGGAAUUGCUCUUCUACAUCUCUACACAAGAUGAUAGUGAAGGCAAAGAUAACAAUCCUAUAGAAUCACCAUCGAAGGACAACAGACACGCUUCUGGCUGGCAGGUCCCCAGUUCUGUACUUGCUCUUGUGGCAUCUAUCUUGCGCAAGGGAGAAGAUGAUGUAACCCAGCUGUAUGCUCUAAGAACGAUUGAGAAUAUAUGCAGUCAAGGAGGGGAUUGGACUUCCCGUUUUGCUUGUCAAGAUGUUAUUGGAAAUCUCUGUUACAUAUAUAAAGCAACAGGGAAGCAAGAGAGCACACGACUUAUUGCUGGAUCUUGUUUAGUCCGCCUGGCUCGUUUCAACCCAUCAUGCAUACAGUUUGUUUUUGAUAAGCUUUCUUUGAAAGACAUUGCAUCUUCUGCUAUUAAGGGUAGUUCUCGAGAACAGCAAAUAAGCUUAAAUCUUCUUAACACAGCCAUCCUCAGCCACACAAUUGGAAACAUUAGUCGGCAUCUUGUCUCUCUCGUGGAGGAAAAAUCCUUAAUUCCAGGCAUUCUUUCACUCAUCGAGCAGGGAAGUGAAGUUUUGCGUGGAAAAGCACUCAUCUUUGUCGCUCUUCUUUGUAAGAACAGCCGUAGAUGGCUGCCACAUUUCCUUUGCAAUGCUAAAUUGCUCUCAGCGGUUGACAGGUUGGUGAAAGAGAAAGAUGCCUUCAUUCAGCAGUGCGUAGAGGCCUUUAUACAGUUAGUUGCUUCCACAGUUCCAGGAAUUCUUGAAACUGUCUCUGGGGAUAUAUUACAGAUGAUGGGAGGUAAGCGACGCGGGGCAAUUGCUGCUUUGACUGGACGAAAUAACUCAAAAGGCACUGCCCAGCUCUUUCCAGUUAUUCUACAUCUUCUUGGUAGCUCUUCUUUCAAACAUAGGGUGGUGAAUUCUCAUGUUUUACUUCAGUUGGCAAAUCUUAUCAAGCUUCUAGAGGCGCCUUUCCAGGGAAGGGAUGAUUUCCAGAUAACACUGCUUCAAGUUCUUGAAACAAUCACAGAAGAGCCUUCUGUCAUUCAAGGCGACCCUAAGACUUUUACGAGUCGAAUUCUUCCUAGUCUUUCCAUUUUGUACAAAGGCAAUAAAGAUGGAGAUGCUAGAUUUUUGUGCUUGAAAAUAUUAUUUGAUGUCAUGGUCGUGUUCUUCAAUGAUACAUCAGCCAAUUCACUAACGGAGAAUGUGCAAAUAAAGGAUGAGCUGAAGUCAAUAUCUGAAACCUACUUUCUCCCUCUCUACCCUACUUUUAUUGAGGAUGAUGAUCCUAUUCCAAUGUAUGCUCAAAAGCUGCUUGUCAUGCUUGUUGAAUUUAACUAUCUUAAAGUCUCAGACAUUCUACAUCUGAAAACUGUCUCUCAAUGCUUUGAGUUUCUACUAUGUGAUCUUUCUAAUGCAAAUGUUAGCGAUGUCAAGCUUUGCUUGGCUCUGGUAUCUGCUCCUGAGAUGGAUUCUAAGGUUCUUUCCCAUUUGCAAGUAGUCCGAAAAAUUGGCAAUCUGCUUGAGUUUGUGAAUGCAAAGGAAAUGGAAGAUUUUCUUGAACCAACAUUGGGUCUUUGCAAGGCUUUCAUCAUGCGCAGCAUAGGAACCAACAAAGCCAUGGCUAUUUCUAAGGAGCCUUCUCUCCUGGGUAAUACUGCCUUUGAGAGGAGUAUGGAUGUUGACCAGCAAUAUUAUGUCAAGGACAUAUCUGAAUUUAGCAGCAACAUCAGUGCAUUUUUGGAGUUGAUUGGGAACCCUGAAGUGCAUGUAACUGACCUGGCAUCGGAAUGUGUGGUCUUGUUACUGAAAGCAGCACCUAGAGAAGCGACAAUGGGACUUUUAACUAACCUUUCUAAAAUGAGCAGUCUUUUUGCUGCACUGCACCAUCGUAGUUCUGGUUUGCAGUUGCAGCGCCUUUUAUAUGCUCUUUCUUUCUCUUGCCAGCAAUACUUGUCUCAUGCAAUGAUAUUGUCAAUAUCCAUACCGGAUGUUAAGAGAAUAGAAGUUCUUAUAUCUGAUCUUAAGAGUUCUACCUUACCCGGUGUUUCUGAGGCUGCCUUCAGUUUAAGCUUGGAGUUGCAACGUCUGCCUCGCUGUGUAUGAUAUGAUACUGGGAUCCAAAAGGACUUUAUAGAGCUCAUUACUGCAAUGGAUUAGUGAGCUUCUAAUAGCUCCAUGCCUUUCCAGGUCAGUUCAUUGCCUUCGGGUGCAUUACAUGGAUGUUACUGUUCACAGUUUUACACUUACUUUGUAUAAUAAGUGUAUAGCAGUAGCAAAAUGUUGAAUACGAUGCAGAUGUCAUUAGAAUGUGAAAGAGCAACCUGAAAAUGUGAUGCAGUUUCCUUUUGGUACGUUUGGUAGUUUAUCUGCUGAUAUGUGUACAUUUCUGUUGUAGUAUACUUGCUGUUCAGGUACGAAGAAUGUUGUGGCUGAUGUAUCUUUCUUCUUUGAAUCCCAAACAAAUUUAUUAAAUUAUGUAUGAUGAGGCAAAAGCUUCUCCAUUAUAAGAACCGUUGCACAUAUUGCAUGUUCUGCUAAAGCCA